AAACUGAAAACGUGAAAACAUUUAAAACCAAGCUACACUCACUCACUACAUAUCCCGCGCCCUCAUCCCAUCUUUCCAUGUCCCAGAAGAACUCCCUUCUCUCUUGCCAAAACCCCAAUGGAUAACUCCAGACAACUGCCACUCAAGACAUGGAAGAAAGGCCCAACAAGAGGGAAGGGUGGCCCACAAAACGCCUCAUGUGAAUACAGGGGCGUCAGGCAGAGAACUUGGGGCAAAUGGGUGGCUGAGAUUAGAGAACCUAAGAAGAGAAGAAGGCUCUGGUUGGGCUCCUUUUCGACAGCCGAAGAAGCUGCCAUGGCCUAUGAUGAAGCUGCUAUAAAGCUGUAUGGGCCUGAAGCCUAUCUCAACCUACCCCACCUCCAUUUGAGCUUUGAUUCUCCAACUAAUCCGCAGAAGUUCCAAUGGUUUCCAUCCAGGAACUUCGUUUCGAUGUUUCCUUCAUAUGGGUUGCUUAAUCUGAAUGGACAACAUAAUGUUCAUGCCAUUCAUCAAAAGCUCCAAGAACUGAAGAACAGCAGUAGCCAGAACCAACCUCCUACCCAUGAGCGGAAAUCCCAAUUUUCAGAUGCAGAUGCAAAAGCCUAUUUAGAAAAUCCAGUAAUAAAAGAUGAAGAGGUGGAGUUUUCACCUGAAUAUCCAUUGGCAGGUCAGGAUGAGAGGCCUCAGAUCGAUCUAACAGAAUUUCUUCAGCAGUUGGGUCUACUGAGAGAAGAGAAUGGAUCCAAUAGCAGCGACGUGUUGCCAGCAGAAUCUUCACAGGAGAACGAUAGGGUGGUGGCGGAGAUUGUGGAUCUCGAUCAGCAAUCUUUUAACUGGGACACAUUGGUGGACAUGCAUGGUAUAGGAGACCAUCAAGGAGCUGAAGUUGGGAGCUUUCAGGUCGAUGAUAUACGUGAACUGAGCUUGCCUGCUUCUAUAUGGGAUCUCUGAAGUGUCAGUUAUGUUAGUACUUAGUAGGACUUGUUUUUGUUUUUGACAAUGGUUAGGACUCCUGCAGGAAAUAAGUAGGACUUUUUCUUCUCUUUUUUUCUUUUUUCGUUUUUUUGGCCAAGGGAUGGAUAGGACUCAUGCAGGAAAUAAAGUAAUAAUAUGAUGUGACAAAGAAGGCUUAGUUGGACAGUGAUAAAGGUUUUAUUUUCUUUUUUGUUUUCCGCUUUUCAACUAUCAUAUCAGUUUCCUACAGUAUUGGUUAUGUUGGAAGCAUCAAAUCAAAUUGAGACAUGUUGCAUGCCUUUCGAAUAAAAAAAAGGAUGUUCCAUGCAACAAAAGACAAUAUUCUGAGAAGAAGAAAGCUUAAUUGGGUAGGUAUACAAGCUCUUUUUCAGGUUGCCAGUUGGUAACUGUAGCUGGUCAUAGGUCAUAGGUUGCUUUUAGGGCACAUAUUCAUUCCUUCUCUUUUAACACGGGCGUACUCCAGUGGUA